ACUCAUAAACAGUUCAGUUGUUAGCCAGGUCCCACAAAGUGCAUAUUUAGCAGACGAUUACGCGCAUCAAAUGUACUUGCAAUGAAAUCCACAAAUAUAUUCGUCAUAGUGGUGACGCUCUGCCAUUUACUUAUUCCCGCAAAUACUGCGAAUAUACUUAGUUUAGUCGAGGUGUUAACGCCGGAGCAACAACUUUGGCAUGAUGCGGUCUACAGAGGACUUCUAAGUAGAGGCCAUAAACUUACGGUAGUAAGUGGCAGCAGGUUGACCUCAAAACCUCCAGGGGUUGCACAAAUUCACUUGGAGGAUGUGAAGGCAGUAUUAGACACCAAUAAGCCGCCCAAACUCUUUACGAAUCCAUGGCUGAGUCCCUUUGAGCGAGUUAUUCACUGGUGCGACAGGCAAAUGAAAAUCUGCAAAGCUGUUCUUUCCUCAAGCGGGCUUCAGGAGUUGAUCGAGCUAUCUAGGCAGGCGGAGCCCUUUGAUUUGAUCAUCUAUGAUGCAACAUAUGGACCAUCGUGUUUACUAGCAUUGGCGCAGCUUUUCGAGAAUAUACCGAUCGUGGCAGUGAGUACUUCGUACAUCACACCAGAUCUGCUAAAAGUUGCCCGUGGCACGCAUAUACAACCUGCCACAGUACCACAUUUCACCACCGUCCACAACGAGCACAUGAACUUUUUAGAGCGUCUGCACAACACUAUUGUAUAUGCAAUGGCCAGCUUCUUUCGUCAAUUCACCGUGGAAAGCGUUCACGAGGCAUUGUUGGCCAAAAGCGAGGAGUUGCAGGAAGCGCAUAUGAAGUUGGGAAAAAUAAUUGAUCGCAUUAAGGUGGUGCUUGUCAACAGUCAUCCGGCAACCGACUACGUACAUGCGUUGCCGGCAAAUGUAAUCGAAGUAGGUGGGUUGCAGUUUGAUAAUGUGAAUCGCCCAUUAUCAGUCGAAAUGCAAGGGUUCAUUGACAACUCAGAGGGUGUCUUUAUUAUAACGCUUGGCAGCCAAGGAAACAUAAACGAGCUAAAGCACGACGUCAUCGAAGUUAUAUUGAAUACAAUCGAUAGUUUACCCGAGUAUGAUUUCAUAUGGGGGGUGGAUAAGCUUCCAAUACCCACUGAAAGCAGACCGAAUCUUUUUGUGGGUAAAUGGUUGAAGAAAAGUAAUAUAUUCGCGCAACGUAAGGUGAAAGGUUUCAUAAGUGGAGGCAGUCAUAUGGAUGUCCAAUCAGCUGUCUAUUAUGGAGUGCCUAUUAUUGGAAUACCUGGUGAAUUAUAUCAGCCAAAUGCUGCUCAACGUGCGCAGGCUUUGGGUUUCGGAAUAAGAGUGGAUCUUAGUUCAGACCCUCAAAAGCUUUAUAGCGCCAUCAAUACUAUAUACUUGGAGCCGACGUUUAAAGAGAAUGCAAAAUCCCGGCAAGCUGCUUUUCGUAAUCGGCCUCGUGAUCCUCUGGAUGAAGCAAUGUGGUGGAUUGAGUACGUCUUGUCGCACCCUGUUGAGAGUGACUAUCUCUUCUCUAGGGCAUCAGCCGAUACAAGCUUCUUUGUGAUUCAUUCCCUGGACGCUAUAUCAGUGUUAGUUUUUAUGUUGGCAAUGUUCUUUGUUAAUUGCUAUUUUGUGUUGAAGCAUCUAAUUGAAUAUUGGAAUACCAAGGGGCAGCAUGAAAUCGAAGCGAAAAGCGAAAUUUCAAAGCGAAAAUUGAAAAAGUCAAAUAGUAAUAAGAAGAAAAGUCAGUGAAAUCGGAGUAUUCCAUAGAAUAAAUGCAUUUUCAAACUUAAA